CAAUCUUUCUCGUUUUUGUUGUUGCGCUAGCCGUUACCGCGUUCGCAAAUAGCCUAUAGAUGUGCGUUGACGGAUUCCUUGUGCCGAUGAGCAUCCUCAACCCAUUCUGGAGAUACAUCUUUCAUUAUAUUGACUAUCAAGCCUAUGUUUUUCAGGGCAUGAUGGUCAACCAAUUCAAGGAUGGCGUUUAUGAGUGCGACCGCGUUGGAAACAGGUACUCCUGUCAAUAUCCAAGCCCUUUGAACACACAAGUGAAAAUUGAAGGAGUCGCCAUAUUGAAGGACUUCAAAAUCAGGCGGAACCAGGAAGGAGAAUCGUAGUCAUCAUCUUUAUUUACAGAUUACUUGGGUAUUUGGUUCUGCGAUGGCAACGAUGAGAAACUAUGCACAGGCGAAUGCGAAAAGCCGUCACAGAUAUCAUUCGAUUAUCUUCGUCAGUUGGACAUAUGCUAGCUCAUUGACGCUCAGAGUGUGACACUCGAUUC